UUGAACACAUGCUCCCUGUGCUCCGAAGUGAUGUCCUUGUGGUUGAACGAUGGGGAGAUUCUGGUGGGUCAGGGCAGUGGCGAGACGGUGCCUGUGGCAUCUCGAAGUCUGUCUUCUGGGAGUCCCAGGCUGAGCCCCGGACGGAGUCUGCUGGCGUCGCCGCUCUCCAGGGAGCCCGCCUCAGUGAGUCCACUCGCCCAGACGAUGGGAAAGGCUAGAGAGCUGUUCGUCCUCUGCGACAAAGAGGGGAAAGGGUUCCUCACGAAGCACGACAUGCAGAGUCUGCAGGGGGAGUUGCCGCUGUCCCCUGAACAGCUGGAGACGGUGUUUGACAGACUGGACCGAGACAGUAACGGAUUCCUCACUCCUGUUGAGUUCAGUGCAGGACUCGGUGAAUUGUUGGGCCAGGACCUGACUGAGCUGAGUCAGGUUAACGUGGACGAGGACGCCGAUGAAGUGGACUUGCCUCAAGACCCCUCAACUGUCACGUUUGUGAACACACUAAUGGAACUGGGCGCUGACCAACUUUUCAAAGAUCAGCAGGAGCUCUGCUCUCUGUGGUGUGAGCUUCAUAAGGACAGUCCAGAGCUGCUCGGUGUCCUGGAGGGCAUCUUAGUCCAUGCCAAGUCCCAUUUACAGGACACCAUCAGAGAGAGAGACAGCCUGGAACAUGCUUUAAGCAGAAGAGAGAAUGAGCACGAUGAGGUUGUUCGCUCCAUAUAUGAAGAAAUGGAAAGCCAAAUUAGAGAGGAGAGAGAGAAGCAUUUGGCUCAGGACAGUAUUAAACUGAGGUUGAGAGGGCAGCAACUUGAGGAGGAGCUGAAGCUGCGGGAACAAGAGUUGGAGAACACUCUGAGCAAACAGAAGGAACUUGAGACCAGAAUCAAACAGCUGAGCUGUGAACAAGCAAACCUGAGGGAUCAGAACCAGCAGCUGCAGAGCAGCAACAGGCAGCUGCAGGAGCAUGUGGAGAGCGGCAGGGAGCAGCUGCAGGCUUCUCUCAACCAGCUCCAAAUACUGCAGGCCGCCGCUGACCAGGAGCAGGCGGCCAGACAGAGAAACGUGAUGAGAGUUUCCAGAAACAUAAAGAAAGAGAAGGAGAGUCUGUUGAGACAACUGGAGAUAUUAAAGGACAUGAACAGACGGCUCCGGGAUGAGAAAGACGCCCAGCAGUCUCUAAAGAGGAAUCCAAAUGUCACAAAGCCUUUGCAGAAGAGAGGGUCAGUCAUAGGUAACUACCUGCUGCCAGACAAGCCAUUGAAAAGACAGCUGAGCUCCUCUGCUGAGCUGGAGCAGGACAAAGAGAGCGAGCUGACAAAUUCCUCAAAGAAACAACAGCGGUCAUGUAGAGUCAGUUCUGAAAAUGUUGAACAGGAACAAACGCAGAGCAGACUUAUCAGUCACCAGCGAGUGUUCAAGGUGGUGUUUCUGGGUAACUCAGACGUUGGGAAAAGCUCCUUCAUCCAUCACUACUGCAAAGGACAGUUCUACAGUGACAUUAGCGCCACUGUCGGUUUAGAUUUCCAGAUGAAGACGUUGACGCUGGACUCGACCAGCAUCACUCUGCAGCUGUGGGACACUGCAGGACAGGAGAGGUUUCGCAGCAUCACAGAACAAUAUUACCGAAAAGCUGAUGGGAUCCUUGCCAUGUAUGACGUAAAUAACCCGGCCUCCUUCACUGCAGUGCGGGAGUGGAUGGACUCUGUGAAGGAGAAGAUGUGUGACGAUGCCGUGCUGAUGCUGCUGGGAAACAAGCUGGACUUGGCCGAUACUCACAGAAAGGUGACGGCCAGAGAAGGGCGGAGGCUGGCAGAGCAGCACCAGGCUUUGUUUUAUGAGUGCAGUGCCAAGACUGGAAAGAACAUGGAGGAGCUGAUGAAUCACCUUGCUGGGGUAUUAGUCAUGCAGGAUGACCAACAGUGUAAAGAUGCACUUUUGUUGACUGAGGGCACACCGGAGAGAGCCUGCUGUACAUAACCGCUUGGGGAAAUGCUUUUGGAAAGAGUCCUGAAUCCACUUGAACUGAAAACACAAAGAUUUUGCCCUGAUUCUGUGAACAAGUUUACUGAAGAGUAUUUGUUAUGUAUCACUGUGUUACUGUGCACCCAGUAAAAUUUAUUUUUGAUGGCUUUUUAAACCCUCAUUUGCCUCUUUUUUUUUUUUUUUUUU